AUGCGAAGAGCCGUAGAUCAGUGUCCUGUCGAUAUCAUUCUAACACCAUCAGGAUGCCCCUUGACCGAUCCCGAGUACGCUGACGAUGUUGUUUCAUUCGCGGAAAGCACUACGAAACUUCACUGUUGUCAACGAAGUUUGCCGCGGCCUAUGGAUUACCUCUAUGCUCUGAUGAAUGCAAGCAGAUGUGGAUCUCUUCGAGACCUCGAACGGGAAUCAGGGUGGACGGACAACCAAUAG